GACAAACUUCACAACAUCCAACAUGGAGAUUUGGCAUUGUAGGUAGCGGCGUGUGCCGCCUCGUUAUCCUUAACAACAAAUACUGCCACCCAUCAGAUCCGAAUCAUACGGCAGCACAUCAAAAUGUCCACCCUAGCGACAACAGCAGCCGGCACCCUCCGAAUGCGGAUUCCCUACCGAGAGCUGCCUCCCCCGACCACCAUCAUACCUGCCACCGCCACGACCCUGCCCGGCGCCGUGGCUGCUCUCAAGUCAUUCCUCACCGCCCCUCCGCCGUCCGGUUUACCCAAUCGAACUGUCAUCCUCACCGGUGCCGGCCUUUCCGUGGCCAGCGGCUUAGCCGACUACCGUGGCGUCAACGGCACCUACCGGGUCAAUAAGGACUACAAGCCGAUUUUCCACCACGAGUUUCUCGCCAGCCACGAGACGCGGCAGCGAUACUGGGCACGAAGCUACAUCGGAUGGAGGGGUCUGGGACGGGCCGGCCCGAACCCGGGCCACUACGCGAUCCGGGACCUUGGGAAUCUGCUCACCGAGCGCUACAGCGGUGACCGAAACAACAAAAGCAUUACGGGUGUAAUCACACAGAAUGUCGAUUCCUUCCACAAAAUGAGCCAUCCCGAUAUACAAACCGUCGAAUUGCACGGGACUCUAGCCUCGGUUGUUUGUACAUCGUGCCGGAACCAAUUUCCUCGAGAUGAGUAUCAAACCACACUGGCCAGGCUCAACCCGAUCUGGGCCGAUUUCCUUCGCGAGGCGCUGGCAUCAGGAGCCCUGGAGACGGAGGACAUUGAAGAACGGAACAAGAAGGGUAUCAAGAUGAACCCAGAUGGUGAUGUGGACCUGGCCGAGGCACCUUACACCACGUUUCGUUACCCAGCAUGUCCGUCGUGUCUGAAGGAGCCGCCACGUCUUGCAGAUGGCACCAAGACAUGGGUAGAAAUCGACAAAGAUGGUGCAUGGAUACCGUCCAGUACUGCGGGAGUUCUGAAACCGGCAGUAAUCAUGUUUGGAGAGAGUAUAAGCGCCGAGGUCAAGAGCGAGGCGGAAAAGGCCAUUGACAAUGCCGGACGAAUGCUCAUCUUAGGCACCUCUCUCGCGACCUACUCGGCUUGGCGGCUGGCACAGCGGGCGAAGCUCCGAGGAAUGCCUAUAGCCAUUGUGAGCAUCGGUGGUGUGAGGCGCGAAGAGAUGUUCUUUGAAGAUCUAGACCCUAAGAUGGCCGGUCCUCAUGGGGUUAGAGUGGAGAUGGCUACUGAACAGCUGUUACCGGCGCUCGUGGAGGAGCUCAAGAGUUAUAACAAUGGGGCCAUGGUGGCCGAGGUACCCGUGGGCAGGUUGUUUACUGGACGGGUCCGCUAGCGGACGCCCAUCUAUCAAUAAUAGAAUAAAAAGGUCUUGUCGACUUAGAAGAAGGCACCCUUGAGGGCUGCAGGCGAGAUCUUGGGCGUUGUCUCGGUCUGGGUCUCGGUCUGCGUCUGGGGUUGUUCCUUUACGGGCUCUGCCUUGGCUUGCUGGGCAAGUUUCGCCGCCUUUUGUUGCUUUGCCUUGUGCAUGAUCUCUUCGCGUUCGAUCUCCUUGAGGACUGUUAUUGAAUCUUCAUAUCAGCCUGUGCUCUCCGUAUCAUAUCCACCUGCGUUUAACGAACCUUCAUCCCAAGCAGCCUCCUUCUCCGGAUCGCCAGUGCCCAACACAUUCUCAACAUCCACCUCUUCACCCUUCUGUAUCCUCUCGACCACCUCACGCAAGGUAUUAAUCCUGACAUCGGCCUGGCGCGAAAAGGCCGCAUAGUCUUUUUUGAGCGAGAUCAUCUGGAUAGCCAUGGAACCGAUCAUUAGAAAGAUGAUGAUAAAG